AUGGACGAAGAAUUAGUUCCACCUGACUUUUUGCUAGAUCCCCAUAUGUUUGAAGCUAUUUUUUUCCGAAAGCAAGGCUGCUAUAGCCAGCUUCGACAGCUUGCUUUAGAAGGCCACUUAGGGAGUCUCCACAACCGAUUUAUUUCUUGGAAAAUUUUUUUAGGGUUAUUGCCUGAGAAUGGAUCUCUUGAUGAGUGAAUUUUAGAGACCCGAAAAUUGCGAGAAGCAUAUAGCGCUCUUCAAGAUCGCUACACAGUAACAUUUAUAUAGAAAGUCCAAUCAGACAAUCUAGAUCCGUUAAUUUUCAACCCUUUAUCUUGCACUUCAGAUGUAAUUUAUUAUUCAGCUAGAACCCUUGAAACAAGCUUCAUGCUGAUAAUGAAAUAAAAGACUUAAUUAAGCUUGAUAUAGACAGAACCUUCCAAGACCGCUUACUUUUUCAACACCCUGAGGUAAAAAGUUUGCUUGUGACUGUAUUAUUUAUCUGAGCUAAAGAGCACUCAAGUUUGCUAUAUAAACAAGGGAUGAAUGAAUUAUUAGGAAUUUUUUUUUUUGUAGCUUUUGCGGAACACGCAACAGAAAAUAUGAAUAUUGACCCUGAAGCUGACCAAUAUUUGUCUGAACUUAAUAGUCCAGCAGGAAUUGAAGCUGAUAUUUAUUGGAUUUUUAAUAGACUUAUGGAGAUAGGGACUAUGGAAUUGUUUAACCCAGUUGUGAAUAUAAAAAAACCUGAUAAAAAUGAUGAGUUAUUUGCUUUGAGCUAUGAAAAGGAAAUAAAUGAUAUGGCAAAUAAGGAUAAAAGCCAUGAAAAAGAUGCUUCGAGCGUGUUAAGAAGAUGCCAUAGGAUCCAUCAUACUUUUCUACAGACUAUUGAUAGAGAACUAUAUAACCAUAUGGAAAGCUGCAAAAUAGAGCCGAAUAUUUAUUUACAAAGAUACUUACGAUGUAUGCUGACAAGAGAGUUUACAUUAGCUGAUUCCAUUAUACUAAUUAUCACUUAUAUAUCAAAAUUUUUUUCCAUUAAAAUUUUUUUCUAUUAAAAAAAUUUUGUUCACUCACGGAGGUGGGGUUUUUGGUCAAAAAAUGGCGAUUUUUCUAAUGGUUUUGUUCGCUCACGGAGGGGGGGGGGGAGUUAAAAUAUCAAUUUCUAAUUGUUUUGUUCGCAGUCAAUAGGAUUUAGUAAUUUGGGAUGCAUUAUUUGCAUCCCUCGCUCAACCAAUACAAAGAAAUAGAGAAAUAAUUCUUUUGGAUUUUAUGUGUGUGGCGAUGUUUAUAUUUGUAAGAUCACAUUGUAAUUUUUAUUUAGUGUUAGAAUGUGAUGAUUCAGGAAUAUUAAGAAGGCUACUAAGAUAUCCACCUGUAGAAGAUGUCCAUGUUAUUAUAAGCUCAGCUUUAAGCUAUAAAGAGAAAAUGACUAAAUCAAGACCAAGUGCUAUAUCAAGAAUGGUUUCAAGUAGCAGCGACUCUAGGAGAAGCGAAAUAAUUCAUGGUUACCCUUUACAUUCUCACAGCACAGAAGCAAAUUCCAACUCAAAAUCAGAAGACUCAUCUCCGGAUUUUAAAGAAAGAAACAGAAGUUUUCCUAUAAGACCAGAAAAAACUGACCCUUUAUCCGAUACAAAUGACCCUUCAAAUAAGAAUCCACCUGUAAAAGUCAGCGUAAAAACAAUUGAAGAACUAACUUCUGCAAUCGAAAUUCUAGGAAUACAAAUCCAAGAGAAUAAUUUAAAUGAAAAAGGUAUGAAAGAAGCAUUAAAGCAUUUAAUAAUCCUAAAAAGCGAGCUAGCAAAAGAAAUAUCCAAAAAAGACCAGACAAAAACUCCGGAUCCACUAAGGAGAGCUUAA